CGGGGCAAAAUUCCCUGGGAAAUACAUUUUUCUAUUUUAGGGGAUACCAUUUGGCGAACUGAAAAUUUACCUAAACAGUUUUAACGUGUAAUGCUGUAAAGCAAGCUAAAAAUUCUGAAAUGAUAAUUGCAUUACUGAACAUUCGGAGUACACAACGUUUGUUAUCGCGUCGAACAAAAUAUGUAUAUCGAAAAAUUUGCUGAUUUCUUGAAUUAUAAAUACCGUAGAAGUGUAUGGUCUAUUGUUGCACAGAAUAAGUCAGAAACCGGGAAACGGAGUAUUUUGAUUGAACACCCGCUAAAGAAGAGUUUCUCUGCCUCUACUGCGUAUGUUGUUGUAUAUUUUUAUUAUUGCUGCAAUGCUUGCUUUUCUGGUUGAAGAAUAAUGAAUCUCUCUCUCUCUCUCUCUGGGAAUAAAGGUCAGAAAAACAUCCAUUCCCAUCAUUGGACAUGCUUUUGUUGUGAGUUUGCCUGCAAAAUUUGCAGCCGAGAGGCGAACUAUCUGACAAGCGGCGAGACAUCACCUCGCUCUCAGCUUUAUCGAAAUGGCGCCGUUGCAGUUCUGCAUUUCAUGAGAUUAAAUUGCAUUUAUGUUCAUUCAAAAAACCUUUAUAUAAUAUAGCGUAUAGCAGGACGCGUACGGAGGGUCAUUGCUCAAUAUAACCCCCUGGAAUUAACUAGUCUACAACUUACAGACUUAAGAACUUGAAGGUGAAUUAACACACCAAGGACUCACAAUAUGAGUUGAAAACAGCAAAAUUCCACAAAAAGAAAACACAUAAUAUAUUUUAUGCUUCUUUGUUUCAUCCAAAUAUUCUUUUAUCUCACUAACUAGCCUAUGUCCAGAUGUCUGUAUGUGAUUGUUAUUGGAAUCUCCGGCAAUUACAAAUUCAGUUGUUGUGAAUUGAGGUGUGCUCGAUGCAUUUGUGUGAAGAAAGAUACCAAAGAAGUGAUAAACCAUACGUGUGCAACGAAAUAAAGAAUUGAGAACGGACUAGGCUAUAACGGAUAUGCAAGAAAGAUGAAAACCGCUGGCAUAUGUCGAACAAACCAUCCCAUAAUCAGGAUUUAGACUGCAAUUCUUGUCAAUUAAAUUUUGCUUCCAGCAACAAAUUAGCUAAAUCACCUGGAAGUGAUGAAAAUUGGCAUAUAUAUAUCAAUAUUACUUUUACAUACGAAUGGAAUUUCCCUUAGCUUUAUGUAUAUCUGAAAGCACAGAUGUCAAUCGAGAUUUCGCCUUUUUGAAAUUUUUAUUUCUGAAAUCUCUUCCAUAAUUUUCUCAAGCUUGAUUCACUUCACUUAAAAAUAUUGUUUUCUUAUCAGCAUGAAUUCUAGAAUCAAUAGGAUUAUGUUGUUAGUGAGAGAAUUGCAUUCUAAGUUAUAAACAGACCCAUCCCCCGAUACUCGCCUCUAUAGCAACUGACAGUAGGCUAGUGUGCAAAUGUAUGAGCUUAUAAAUUUAAUACCAAAUUUAGUUUAAAUUAUGAUUAUCCGAUUUACUUUCAGGUAAGACAAAACAAGGAUUCUGCAGUUAAAAGUAUUUUGCUAGAAAAAUGAUUGAGUUUUUUCAUCUUGUUCAAAUAUUGGGUCAAUUUAAUGAUUCUUCUGAAUUUUGUUAAAUUCACAUUAUUACAUUGUAAAAAAGUAUUUUGUUAGAAGACUGGUUGAGUUUUUCCAAUUUAUUUAUUUGAUUGGGAAGACGUUGAAACCAUCCAUUCAUACCCAAUAUAUUUUUUGAAAGGAGGAUCUUGUUCGAAUUUGGGUCAGUUUAACAAAUUUUGUGAAAUAUACAUUAUUACGUUUUAUUCAAGUACUGCAUUUUGUUAGAAUACUGAUCAUGUUGUUUUUUUCCUUUUUUUUUUCUUUCGAUUGAAAAGAGGUCGAGAGUAUCAAUCAAUACCCAAAAUAUUUUUUGAGCGCCUAAGGCAGAUCUUGUUAAAAUUUUAAGUGAAUUUAACGAUUUUUAGAAAUUCUGUGAAAUUAACGUUAUCAUGCUCAUGCUGUAUUAAAAGUAUUUUGUUAGAAGUCAUUUUUUUAUUUGAUUGGAAUGAGAUAUAUUUAUUAAUCAAUGUUCUAAAUGUUUUUGAGACCCCAAGGCCAAUCAUGUUCAAAUUUUGUGACAAAUUUCAAUUUUGGGGGGAACUUUGUUUAACUUUCUGUUUUUCACAUUUAUACAACAUUUUAUUGCAUUAGUUACAUAACGCAGUAACGAGACAACUUAAAAUUAUUUCUAACAAUUGAGCUAAAAUGUGGAUUUAUAUCUUUAAUUCAUGAUUACAAUUCUGCAGUGGGAAUUUGAUUUAAUGUAGUAAUAUAAUACAGUAAUAAUAAUUCAUCACAAAAACUUUUUUGGCGUCCAGUCCUGUGUCAUGAUAAAACUUCAGGAUGGAUUCCCUUCCUGAUGAUAUCAAAAUAAAAAUUGAUGAAGUCAAUCAGUUUAUGAAUAAUUGGAAACUCAAACCACAAACAUGGAAGAAUAUUCGUGGAAUUGCGGCUUUUUCUAUGGAUGCAGCAAAAUAUGCAUACAGAAAUUGGGAACCACGUAAAGGUGAUGUCUUUAUUGUGACUUAUCCUAAAUGUGGAACACACUGGAUGUAUGAAGUUAUAAAGCAGAUUUAUUUUAUCAGAGAUUCGAAUUGGUUGGAUUUCCUCAGUCCAAAGAGUGGAGGAUUUCUUUCUAAACCCAUUUAUUUAGAUCAUGGGCCAAAAGCCAAGUUUGAAGUUAUGGAUCACUUUACUCGUCCUCGUAUAUUUACCACCCACUUACCGGAAGAGUUGGUUAAUUUCGAGAAAAUUGUCAAAAAUGAUGCAAAAGUCAUUUAUUUAUAUCGAAACCCAAAAGAUAUGGUAACAUCAUAUUUUCAUUUCAAGUCGUCAUAUCCAUCACCUCCGGAGCUUGCUCAUCUUCGAACAGACAAUUUCGAUAAAUUCUACAAACAGUUGAUAAAUGGGGAAAUGUGGACGCAUGUUCCUGAAGGUGAAUGGUACCCCUAUCAUAUCAAAAGUUGGCUGAAACACAAGAAUGAAAAUUGUGUGAAAUUCCUCUCAUAUGAAGACAUGAAAAAGGAUUUCCAUGUUGUUGUCAAGUCAAUCUGUGAUUUUUUAGAAGUUGAAAGAAAUGAAACAGAAAUUGCUGAAAUCGUUAAACGCUGUUCAAUCACCUAUAUGAGGAAAUCUAAUGAAGGUGAAGAAAAAAUGUUUUAUCGUAAAGGCGAUGUUGGUGAUUGGAAGAAUCAUUUCACUGUUUCCCAAUCUGAAAUAAUGGAUGAUCAUCUUAAAAUUGCUAUGAAAGAUGUUGAUAUUGAGUUUCAGUAUGUAAUUUAAUUAUACUAAGUAGCUUGGUUCGAGGCAACUCAAGAAAUUACUUUUAAAAACUGCUCACAGCCAAGUCUAUUCUUCAAUUUAUCUAUCAUUGGAUUUUAUUUUAUUGGUAAAUUCAAUAUCAUUCUUCUGAUUAUUUUUUAUUGUGCAAUCCAUGUACGGUACCCAAUUUUUUACUGGUACAUUAUUGCAUGUAUGUGUGCUUCUAUCAACACUGUCGUGACCACAUAAUUAUGUUUAACUCACUGUAAAAUUAUGCAUAUACUCUUUAUUAUCACUGCAUUUGUAUUCUCAUGCAAUUGAAUUGUUAAAAUUUUCUCAAUAUUAAUCCACUUUGACCGUCAUAUAUUUUAUUGUUUAUUGAUAAAGGUGUUCAUAUUAUGUAAUAAAUGAUAAUAAUUCCUCAUCUUAUUUCUUUGCAGUUUUGGGAAUGUUAGAGACUAGAGUCAAUCUUGACUCUAUUCACCAUUUAUCAAAAACUUGUGUCUCUGGGUAUCCGGAUAAAGUGACUUGGACUCGUAUUAAAUUACCGCAGACAAGACUCAGCUCAGUAAUUGACUUGACUCGAGCCUUUCAUUAGCUGUGGCUUGGUAACUUUGAGUUUAGGGACUUCAACCCGAAACAUUUUUUUUGCAUUUUUAUUUAAACAAUACGAGUAAAUAAUAACUGUUUAGCUGCUACUUUGUCAACUAUUUUUUCGUAAUAUGCAACACCUGCGUAAAAGUGUUUUGAAAUCUUCUCAUUAACUUCAUUUGACAUAGUAUUUUAUGAUUUAUAUGACGCUUAUCCAUGCCUUUCACUCGAGCAGUUUCGUAUAUGCAACCACCUAUAUAUAUGCCGUCUGCUCAGAGCAAGGCGCUGUACAAGCAUGAAGAUAUUUUGAUUAUACAUUCAGUACUAUCUGUGAUGACUGUAAACGAAAAUUGCUGCACGUUAUUAAUUGAAUUAUGUAAUCUUUCAAG